UUUCUAGUCUUUCACACAGGCUUGAACGAAGAUGUGGCUGGAAACUGUGUGUGAGAUCAUGGCUUUAGGGACAACUAAUAUGAUUUAGGCUGAAUUUGGACCCUGAGGGAUGCUUCCUGUAGAUGCUGAGGAUUAGUGGUAACAGCUGUUAUCCUCCUCAUUAGAGACAUGGCUGAAGGAGAAGAAAGGACUUUUGUUUAAAGAGUGUGACUUUGCAACUCUGAGGGGGGAAACUGCUCCAUCAAGCCUGAAGGAAAGCGUCUCCCUAGGGAAGGGCAGGAUGAAGGUCCCAGCUACCUUCGCAGGCUGGGCUUGUGCCUCCCUCUUCCUGACUUCCUGCUCAUCUGCCUUCUCCCAUGGGGCCAGUGCCGUGGCGUGUGAGGAUAUGCAGCCCAGACACAUCCAAGCCCAGCCCCAGCGUUCCAGCUCCCACCACCUCACCAUCCACACCAGCAGGUCCUACUCACCAGGUGACAAGAUUCCAGUGACCGUGAGGAGCAGUCUGGAUUUCAUGGGGUUCCUGCUGCAGGCUCGGAGGGUGUCUGAUCAUCAGACGGCUGGCACUUUUGUCCUCAUUCCUCCUCGUUCCCAACUGAUCACUUGCUUUGAAGAGGCGGACGCAGUCACCCACUCUGACAAGUCCCCGAAGAGAAACCUCUCCUUCGUGUGGAAGGCCCCUGCUGAGCCUGUGGGGGACAUCAGGUUCCUUUUAUCAGUAGUCCAGUCGUAUUUUGUUUACUGGGCAAGGAUUGAAUCAGCUGUUGUGUCACAACAGACACUUAGCAGUGCCCUCUCUGAUGACCACCACCGCGCUGUGCUGGGGACGCUGGUGCCAAGCCCUGGGCGAAGGCUGGAUGACUCUGAAGGGACAGCCACAGGAGCUUCAGAAGAGGACAGUUCACAUCCUGUCCCUGCUAGUAUCGGGGUGACAAAGUUGCCUGGGGACACAGAGACUCUGUCCCAAUCACCGUCACGUAUCGCUACUGCAAGCAGCGAUGGCCAGCAACCCAGGGGAGGCAGCAAUCGAAUCCUAGAACCAUCCCUGGAUUUCCAUGGGCUGGAGCGGCUUGUGGCCCUCAAGAGGUUCUCCUCAGGGGGCUUUGCUUCCAGCCUGAGCAGCCACCAUAGGACUCAGGAUGAUCCAAGCUUUCAUUCCUUGGAAACGUGCCUGCCCUUGGAUAGGGAUGAACAGGAUGAGAUGACAGCCUCUAAUAGGUCACCAGUGAGGCUUGCUCUGUACACUGGCCACCUUACCCAGCCCCGAAGUCUCUGGUCUUCUGAAGCGUCCACUGGGAGGGGGGUGGGGGAAUCCAACACAACCCCUGACUUUCACAUCUCUAGUGCUUCCCAGCAUCAAGUGGCUGGUGGCCAGGCAUCAAGGCCCUCUGCCAAAUUUGUACCUGAGUCAGAGCACAGGGAUCCCAGAAUGGGGACAGGGGAGGGAGAAGGUGGUGUGGGACACCCUAGCAAGACUGUGAGGCCUGCAGUCGGGCAGAAGGGUGCCAGUGCCCCUUUGGGGAUCCAGCUCAGCACGCAGCAGCUGGGCACCUUACUCUGUCUGUCAGCCACCCUGGGCAUGGCCCUGGCUGCUGGCCUUUGCUACCUGCAUACUCAGCAUUGCCACAAGCGAACAGAAGUGUCCUUCAGUGAGCCAGCCUUGGAUGCCAUCGCCAGGAGCGACGGUGGGGAGACUGUUCACGUCAGGAAGAUUGGGGAGAACAGGUUUGUUUUGGUUCAAGCGGAAUACAACAGGGUCUCUCCUUCAGAGGUAGCAGGAAAGCAGUCCUCUGAAAGGACUCUUGUGGUGGGGCUCCCAGUGGCCUCCUUCCACUCUGCAGAGCGGCUCAGUCAAAACAGGACUAAUGAGAAUUCCUGAUGAGGAUGGGGAUUCACGGCGCCUCCUGUCAGCACGCAGCCAGCGGAGGAGGCAGCGAGAGGCCCGGCUGAUCAACAGAGGGAGUUCUCACCCAGCUUUGUUGUCUUAACAUCUGUAAUUUAGCUCCUUUUUUUUCCUUUUUGCAAUUAGAAGUUCUGUUUGAAGAGUUAAACUCGACACAAUGAAUAUUGUAUAACCUGCUCAUUAACUAGACUCCUGUGGCCACCAAGCUUCCUCUGUUGCCUUGAGGAACCCGCUGGAAUAGACAUUCUCCCCUCCUCAGUGUCUCAGCCUCAUCUCCUCUAACUCUUUGAAAAGAAGUAAUGUUGGGUUUGUGGCUUUUGCAAUAAAAAAAGAACUGCA